UAGAGGUGAUGAUGACAGUCAUUAUGCUAGAGGUAGUCGUCGAUAUCAAGAAGAAAAGGACUUUGCAUCUUCUGAGGCCAAGAAUGAUGAUAGAAGAGGAAGAACCCUAAAUGAGGGUGAUAGAUUAGAGAGAUUGCAGAAAUCAGAAAACAAUAGGGAAAUGUUGAAGGGCAAGAGGAAGUUCGAUGAUGAAUACCAUGACGAGCAGCCUGAAUCAAAGUCAAGAAGUCGAAACUUAGGAAGGGACAUGGAGCAAAAAAGGGAUAACCAGAAGGAUAUCAAGUUCCAUUCUGAAUCAAUUCCCAAAGAUUAUGGGGAGAAAGAUGAUUUGAAUAGCUAUGAAUAUUCUAGGUGGGGGGAAGAUGACCAGAAUAAGGAUGAAUACUCUAGAUGGGGAAAAGUGGAUCGGAAGAGGGAUGAAUAUUCUAGGUGGGAGAGAGAUGAUCGAAAGAGGGAUAAUUAUUCUAGGUCAGUUAGGACUGGAGGAGAGCUUGACGGUGAGAGUGGUAGACAGGAUGGCAGACUUCAGAGCAGGAUCAGCAAACCAGAUGAUGGAUCUAAGAGAGAUAAUCGGGAUUAUGAGGACCAGAGAGGUGGACGAAGGCAUGGCAAGGAUGAAGAGGAACCCCGAGGGAGAGAACAAGAAAGAGAUGACCCGGACCAUAAAUAUAGAAGUCGUGGAAAGGAUGAGGAUGAGAACCAUGGAAGCCGUAGGUACAGGGCAGACGAUCGAGAAAAUAAAGGUAAUGUGCGGGAGGCAUAUGAUGAUGCUCGGUCUAGUGAGAGGAGAUCACGUAGAGAUGACCGACGCUGAUGUGAAAGCAUACUCGGUUUGAAAGUACAGCUUGAAAUGGUAUUAUGAAGGCAAGUUCCCCUCUCUAUCAGGGUUUAAAUUUGAACUAUGUUUUGUGUGUUUUUGGUUUCCCUUUGGUUCUCUGGAUUUUAGAAUUUUACCAUAUGCCCCACUAAUGAAGAACUG